UUUCUUUUAGGUGAAGCCUCUGCUGCAAGUGACUCGGCAGGAUGAGGAGAUGGUGGCCAAAGAGGAGGAGCUGCUCAAGGUCAAGGAGAGACAACUGCAGACUGAGGAGCUGCUCAAAGAAUAUGAGGCCAAGCAGCAACAGCUGAAUUCUGAGAAGCUAGCUCUUCAAGAGCAGCUGCAGGCAGAGACGGAGCUGUGUGCAGAGGCUGAGGAGAUGAGAGCCCGUCUGGCCACCAGGAAGCAAGAGCUGGAGGACAUCCUGCAUGACCUGGAGUCUCGCCUGGAGGAGGAGGAAGAGAGGGUCGCCCAGAUGAACACUGAGAGAAAGAAGAUGCAGCAGAACAUCACGGACCUGGAGCAGCAGCUGGAUGAGGAGGAAGCAGCCAGACAGAAGCUUCAGAUGGAGAAGGUCACCACGGACGCCAAGCUGAAGAAGAUAGAGGAGGCUGUCAUGGUGCUGGAGGACCAGAACAACAAGCUCAAUAAGGAGAAGAAACAGAUGGAGGAGAGGAUCUCAGAGUUCACCACCAACUUGGCCGAAGAGGAGGAGAAGUCCAAAAGUCUGCAGAAACUCAAGAAUAAACACGAAGCCAUGAUCACAGAUUUGGAGGAUCGUCUAAGAAAAGAGGAGAAAGUGCGUCAGGAGUUGGAGAAGAACCGUCGUAAACUAGAGGGAGACUCCACUGAACUCCAUGACCAGAUUGCUGACCUGCAGGCCCAGAUCGCUGAACUCCGAGCUCAGCUGGCUAAGAAGGAAGAGGAACUCCACGCUGCACUGGCCAGGAUCGAGGAGGAGGCUGCCGCCAAGAACGCAGCCCAGAAGGUGAUCAGGGAGCUGGAGGCGCAGAUCUCCGAGCUGCAGGAGGAUCUGGAGCUGGAGAGGCAGGCACGCACCAAGGCUGAGAAACAGCGUAGGGACCUGGGAGAGGAGCUGGAGGCCCUCAAGACUGAGCUGGAGGACACUUUGGACUCCACUGCAGCACAGCAGGAGCUGAGGUCCAAGCGUGAGAUGGAGGUCACCCAGCUGAAGAAGAAUCUGGAGGAAGAGGCCAAGCUCCACGAGCAGCAGAUGGCUGACAUGAGACAAAAACACAAUCAGGCAUUUGAGGAGCUCAACGAACAGCUGGAACAAGCCAAAAGGAACAAGGUGUCGGUGGAGAAAGCCAAGCAGGCGCUGGAGAGCGAGAGGAACGAGCUGCAGAUUGAGAUGAAGAGUCUGACACAAGGCAAAGGGGAGUCUGAACACCGUCGUAAGAAGGCCGAGGCCCAGGUUCAAGAACUACAGGUCAAAUACGGGGAAAGUGAACGACAGAGGCAGGAGGUGGCCGCCAAGAUGGCCAAGAUGCAGACGGAGCUGGACAACUUAAACGGCCUCCUGAGUCAAGCGGAGGGUAAGAACAUCAAAUCCAGCAAAGACCUUUCUUCUACGCAGUCUCAGCUGCAGGAUCUACAGGCGUUGCUCCAAGAAGAGACUCGUCAGAAGCUGGCCCUCUCCACCCGCCUGAAACAGCUGGAGGACGAGCAGCACAGCCUGCGGGAGAUGGUGGAGGAAGAGGAAGAGGGCAAGAAGAACUUGGAGAAGCAGAUCUCUACUCUGCAGGCUCAG